GAGUAAAUAUAUGAGUUUUCACUGCUGACUGUGCUGUCUCCAUGGUCGAUGAGAGGAAAGGCUAAUGCAAGGGAGAAUAACCUCAAGGACUGAGCACCAAACCAAGGGGAAAGGUUUAGAAUAGCCCUCUUCUGCAAAUAUGGAUGAUCUAAAGCACCAAGUUAUGAUAAAUCAGUUCGUCCUGACUGCUGGAUGCGCGGCAGACCAAGCGAAACAGCUUCUACAAGCGGCACAUUGGCAGUUCGAGACUGCAUUAAGUGCCUUUUUUCAAGAAACCAAUAUUCCAUACAGUCACCAUCAUCAAAUGAUGCACACUCCAGCCAACACACCAGCAACACCUCCCAACUUCCCAGACGCACUGGCCAUGUUCUCCCGCCUCAAGGCCUCAGAGAGCUUCAACGUCAGCAGUCCCAUAGCCUCCAUGGCGACCUCUCCUCCUCAGGUCAACUGGGCCAUGGGCCCUUCUGCCCCAGGUCAGACGCAGCAGGGCCUGUGGACUUCUGGGCAGCUGCCCUCUCAGGUGCCUCCCCCUGGGUGGCCCCAAGCCGUCACUCAGCAGGCCUCCAGUGAACAGGCCAGCGUUACCAUGGAGGCAGAGAGAUGAGAGCACAGCAGGGGCCUCGCGAUAACAAGAGGAACCAAUAUCGGGCAGUCCUCUUUGACAAAGUGAGAAAUGAAUUGGCUGCAAGGGAAAGCAGAAAACGAAGCGAUGUUGUGGACAUGCACUGAGGACAGAAAGGAGGAAUUAUGAGCAUACAGCUGAUGAACAUUCAUGUGACCCCACAUUGUAAAAUCUGCAGACAAUUUUAGUUAGGCAUAUGUUUCAUUUUUUUUCAUUGAUCUGAAACCAGAGACUAAGAUGGACUUGUAUAACUAGUGCCGAAGAAGGAUCUUCUUGUUGUACACACUGAUGUGUAUGACAGUGUCAUCAUCUUUCCUUUGUCUUUCUGGAGUGGUGUCAAUGGACUGGAUGCCUUAUAUACUGGGGGUGCACUGCAUAAAUAACAUCAUUCUUCU